AUGGCCAAGAGGAAAAAACCGAGCCCGACGGACGCCUUCUUCGCCCGCUUCUCCCAGUUCGAUUACGACCCGGCGGCCGAGGCAUGGCUCGAGUUUGAACGCAUGGUGACGUCUCCUACAUGGUCAAUCUACGGCGUAGAAGUCAGGGCCGCGCGAAGGCGUCUCAUAGCAGCCCUGGUCGCCCAGUUCGACCUCGCCUACGGCACACGCGAGGAGGACAAGCUCGAGACGUUGCAGACACUCUGCGGCAAGCUGAGCCUCUCCCCCGUGCCGGAGACCAUCACCGCCUGCAAAAAGGCCGUCCGGCGGGUGCACGUAAACAUCAUCGACUUUAUCGAUUCGCAGCGGACGGGGCGGCCCGUCCGUGCAUUCAAGACGGAGGCGCGGUUGCGGCGGUACACCGGGGACACGGAAAAGUUCUUUCCCAAGGACGAGGCCAAGGAGAGGCCGCUGCUGAGGUAUUUGCUUCGAGACGUCGUGUAG